AUGGAAGCGUAUUUGUCUUGUUCGCUAACAGGUGAAGCUGCAGAAGUUCUUUGGGACUUAGCAGAACUGGCUUACCCGGGUAAACAGUCAAAGUUGGCGAUACAUUUAACAAGAGAUUUUUUAUCUGCUCUCAAUGACGCUGAUUUAGAAUUAAAAGAACAUGCAGGAUACAACGGAAGACGGGAUGAAAGCAGUGGAACGGAACGGCAAAUGAACUCGCUUUGUCAAUCGCUUGACCUUCUUCGAGAUCAUAGAGUACAGCCAACUGUUUUUCAUGUCAGAGGUGAAAAAGUUUGUUUUGACUGUGGAAAACUAGGACACUUCGUCUCCCAAUGCCCUCAGAGAAGUACGCCAAAAAGGUUUUAA